GGACUACACUUCCCAUGAUGCUCAGCGGCCAAACAAUAUGGUGUGUUGCAGCAGCAGCUGCAGAGCUCUGUGUGUGUUCGUGUUCAGGCUGCAGAGAUGCUGAGUCUCCUCGUCGCCGUGUGGCUCCUCACGGGUCCCGUGUCUGCCUCGGAGAGUAAAGGCUCACACACUGUCAACACUCCCAGUGGGAGCUUCUUCAUGUCCCUAUGGCACAACAGGCUGUACCUGUACUCAGCUGCUGCUCUGCUCUUUGGCAUCUGGUUCUCCCUGAAGGUGGCCCUGAAGAAGAAAAGCUUCUCCAAGGACGUCGGCUCGUUGGUCUUCAAAGCUGUGAAGAACAAUGACAGGGAUCCUGUGGUCCACGUGUCAGGAGUUAAAAUCUUCUACGGGUCACAAACUGGAACAGCAAAGGGUUUUGCAAAAGAGCUGUCGGAGGAGGUGAUGACUCUGGGUUUACCAGCAGAGGUGAUUGACAUGAAAGACUACGACCCAGAUGAUCAACUUGCUGAUGAGUGCACCAACCAGUCAGUGUGCGUGUUUCUUGUGGCCACCUACACUGACGGACAGCCCACAGAAAGCGCUGAGUGGUUCUGUAAGUGGUUGGAGGAGGCGUCCACUGACUUCAGAUACGGGAAGACGUACCUCAAAGGCCUCAGAUAUGCAGUGUUUGGGCUUGGCAACUCUGUCUAUGUUGGCCACUACAAUACAGUGGGCAAAAAUGUGGACAAGUGGCUUUGGAUGCUGAGCGGCAAGCGGAUCAUGACCAGGGGAGAGGGCGACUGCAACGUGGUGAAGAGCCGCCAUGGCAGCGUCCAGGCGGACUUCCUAACCUGGAAGGGCAAGUUCAUGAGCCGCCUUCAGGCUUUGGCCAAGGGUGAGAAAAAGAGCUGCAGUGGGAACUGUAAGUCUGGAGGCUCCUGUAAGAACAAAAAGACAGGCGGGCACGAGGAGAAGCAAGAGGAGACGGCUCCGCAGAAUAACAGCUCUGAGGACGAUCUCAUAGAGACCAGCAGUGACGAGGAGUCCGGCCUGCAAGAGGAGAAAAGAUCGGGUUCAGUGGUUGAUGUGGAGGAUCUGGGCAACAUCAUGAACAGUGCCAAGAAAGCAAAGAGCCGAGAGGACGGUCGAGAAGACGUUCAGAUGGUGAAGCUGUCCAAGAUGAACGGGUUGAAGAAGACUGAAGAUGAAGGGGAAAGAAGAGAGAUGAUCACCCCGGCUCUUAGCGAAGCACUGACGAAGCAAGGGUACAAACUAAUUGGAAGUCACUCAGGAGUAAAGCUCUGUCGAUGGACCAAGUCUAUGUUGCGAGGAAGAGGAGGCUGCUACAAGCACACCUUCUAUGGGAUCGAGUCCCACCGGUGCAUGGAGACUACGCCCAGCCUCGCCUGUGCCAACAAGUGCGUCUUCUGCUGGAGACAUCACACCAACCCUGUGGGAACAGAGUGGCGCUGGAAGAUGGACCCUGCAGAGAAAAUCCUGGAAGAAGCCCUGGAGAAGCACCAGAACCUGAUCCGACAGUUCAGAGGUGUCCCUGGAGUGAAGCCCGAGCGGUACAAGGAGGGCUUGGCAGUCAAGCACUGUGCCCUCUCCCUGGUGGGCGAGCCAAUCAUGUACCCCGAAAUCAACACCUUCAUCCGCCUCCUCCACUCCCACCACAUCUCCAGCUUCCUCGUCACCAACGCACAGUUUCCACAGGAAAUCAGGAGCCUGGUGCCAGUUACCCAGCUGUAUGUUAGUGUGGACGCCAGCACCAAAGACAGCCUGAAGAAGAUUGACCGUCCACUUUUCAAAGACUUCUGGCCACGCUUUCUGGACUGCCUCAAGGCCCUUGGAGAGAAGAGACAGAGGACGGUGUACAGACUGACGCUGGUGAAGGCCUGGAACGUGGAGGAGAUGCAAGCCUACUCGGAGCUCAUUGCUUUGGGCCAGCCGGACUUCAUCGAGGUCAAGGGAGUGACAUACUGUGGAGAAAGCUCUGCCAGCAGUCUGACCAUGGCUAACGUCCCCUGGCACCAGGAAGUGGUUUCCUUCGUCCAGCAGCUGGCUAACAUGUUGCCUCAGUAUGAGAUCGCCUGCGAACACGAGCACUCCAACUGUCUGCUCAUCGCACACACCAAGUUCAAGACGGACGGCGAGUGGUGGACAUGGAUCGACUACGAGCGUUUCCAGGAGCUGGUCCAGCUUCACGAGGAGAGCGGAGGACAGCGGAGCUUUUCAGCCUUGGACUACGCAGCCAAGACUCCCAGCUGGGCUCUGUUCGGAGCCCACGAGCAAGGUUUCGACCCCACCGACACUCGCUUCCAACGACGCAACAAAACCAAAGACGUCUCAGGAUGCUGAUAAGACGAAGGAG